ACAAUCAAGAAAACAGCAGUAUUCACAAUGACUUUUGUUGAUUGUUGUCACAGGACGACAAUAUACUGUAUGUAAAUGUAUUAGUACUACAUAAGAAUUCCUUCUGCCACUACUGAGAGAUGGUAUGUAGAUGAGUAAGGGAACUAGCUCUCUGAAAGGCGAAUACUGUAGAAUGAAAUAGUGCUGUGGUCAUAAGUUGCACCGACCAUCUCAUCAGUUGAAUCAUUUUCCAGAAUAGAUAUCAGUUUUGUUCCAGUGGCCGGCGCACAAAGGAAUGCUCUGUAAAGCGUGCACAGCAUUACUGGAAUGGGAAGCACACGAUGGCUCCUGCUAUCAAGCAUUGCCAUAUGCGUGGCAUCGGUUAGAGCCAUGUCAAAUGCAGAAAAGUCUCUGCUCAGGGACGAAGCGAAGGAAAUGUUCUUCCAUGCAUACAACAGUUACCUGAACAAUGCAUAUCCAGCUGAUGAACUCAAGCCAUUGUCAUGUUCCGGUCGCGUACGCGGUGUUGAUGCUAGUCGUGGUGAUGUUGAUGAUGCCAUGGGCAACUUCGCCAUGACCCUUAUUGACUCGCUAGACACACUUGUGGUUUUAGGUGCUAUUCAAGAAUUUAGUGAAGCUGUCAAGCGUGUCCGGUUUGAGGUCCGCUUGGACAGUGAUGUGGUGGUAUCUGUAUUUGAGACUAACAUCCGGGUAUUAGGUGGAUUACUCAGUGCACACUACUUUGCUGCCACGCUGAAGGCCCAGCAUGAACCCCUGCUUUCUUGGUAUGACAAUGAACUUCUUGGCAUGGCCAAAGAGAUCGCAGAUCGCCUGCUUCCUGCCUUUGAAACAGGAACUGGAAUCCCAUAUCCCAGGGUUAACCUUCGCUAUGGCAUGGUAUCAUCCCUAUUGUCAACCACAUCGACAUGUACAGCAUGUGCUGGCACUAUGCUACUGGAGUUUGCUACACUCAGCCGUCUGACUGGAGACUUUACCUAUGAGGAGAAGGCGCGCAAAGCUAUGGAUGCUAUCUGGCAACGCCGUAGUCCUCAUCUCCUGGUGGGAACUACCAUUGACGUGCACACUGGGGAAUGGAGAGAGCAAGAUAGUGGCGUUGGUGCUGGUAUAGACUCUUACUAUGAGUAUUGCCUGAAGGCGUAUGUCCUCCUGGGAGAUGCAGAGUACCUGGAUCGCUUCAACAGGCACUACGAAGCUGUGAUGAACUACGGUCGUCGUGGCAACACUUUGCUAGACGUCCACAUGUAUAAUCCCAACAAUGUGGCGCAGAGUUUUGUGGAUUCCCUGGGUGCUUUCUGGCCAGGUCUUCAGGUCUUAGCUGGUGAAGUACCUGCAGCUGCCGAUCUAUUCUCCCAUAUGGAGCAUGUUGUCAAGCGUCACAAGUUCAUGCCUGAGGCUUACAGUGUUGAUGGAGAUGGUUACUGGUGGCAUCAUUUCUUGCGGCCUGAGUUUGCAGAAAGUGCCUACUUCCUGCAUCAGGCCACCGGAAGUGAACGCUAUCUGGAGAUUGGCAAGACUCUGCUCAAGAACAUACAGCAGCAUGCCCGUGUCAAAUGUGGAUUUGCUGCUUUCUCUGAUGUACGCACUCUUGCCCAUGAUGACAGGAUGGAUUCAUUCGUCCUGGCUGAGACUUUCAAAUAUCUCUUCCUGUUGUUUGCAAAUAAAAAGGAUAUACCAGUGGAACUGGAUGACUAUGUCUUCACCACCGAGGCACAUCUUCUGCCAUUGGUCGUUGCAAGAAAUCGAUCUUCUGUGGUCAAUGCCCACAGUGUCGACUACGAGAUUGAUGGCAGAUGUGCUGCUGUGCAUCUUAAAACUGAAAAUCCCGUUGAGGUUUACUCGACACUGAUGACCGGGGAGUUGAAGCAGGACAUGUCCAGUCCAAGACAAGCGCUCCAUGCAACUUACAACCAGUGCAUUCACCGGCAGGCCAGCACACCAAUAAAGCUGCGUCUCAAGCCUGAAGAGCUCAAUGCUGAGAAUCCCGAGCACCUGCAGAUGCUACAUGACAUGGGCAUCAGUAUCGAUCUCCAGGGUGACGGACGAGUGCAAUUUUCUCACAACUCCAACAAUGCGAAGACACCGGCUGACUCGCAAGAAGGCAUACAGUUUAUGCAAGCUCUGAUACAGCUGCAUGACAAGAUCAAGUCAGAGCAAGGUACAUCUGAGUUCGUCCGAGUAAACAUCCUGGAACCGGACAACUUGAAGCAAGUUUUGAUUGCCGGUGGAGCCCGUUUCGGUCCCAAUCUCACCAAGGACCCGCCGUUUAUGGUAACUGGACCGCUCAAACACAGCCUACCGGUGAAUGCGUGUUCAUCUCUUGAAACCGACAUGACUGGGAGAAUAGCUCUGGUUCAACGUGGCUCGUGCAUGUUUGUCGAAAAGGUUCUUCAUGCAGAGGCAGCUGGAGCAGCUGGUGUCAUCAUUUAUGAUACGCAGAAAAGAGGCGAAGGCCAGCAGCUGAUAAGCAUGACAGGCAAUGGCAGUUUUGUUGCUAUUCCGUCAGCUUUCAUAUGGAUGGAGCAAGCAUCACCAUUGGUCGAUGCUCUGACAAGCGGCUUGGUAGUCGUUGGAAAGCUGGAAACAGCUGCUGCAACGGAAAAAGAUGCAGUUGAGCAAAAACCGGAGGAAACCGAGGAACAACUGGAACAAGUCCCAGGGGACUCUCCUGAUGACUCAACAAUGAAUGGUGCUGGAUCAGCUGUAGACAACGAGCCCCAGGAAAACAACAGCAUGUAUAUUCAAACCGAAAAUGAAAGUGGAUUUGAUCGUGAUAGUGGAAGAACGCAUAGCGGAAACCAAGGCGGCAAUGCUAAUCCUUGAAGAGGUCAUCCUAAUAUUUCUGGUAGGAAGUGGCUUCUCCUCAUCAUGCACACAAUGAUAGUGACAUGGCAGCUCUCCAGAGAAAACCAAAGCAACAAAAAAAGUAGUGUGUUGGUUUCCUCAAGAGCUCCAGACGUCCACGUUGCGAUCAUGUAUUCCCUGGCCAUUGAGCACUAGAAAGAGUCAACUUGUGUUGCUCCAUUCAUUAUUUUACUAACCUGUAGGACGACUUGCUGACACGAUGACGAUACCUGACGACACCUGACGACACCUGAUGAUACUGGGUCAAGUUCUUCAGUGACAAGCUGGCACACUUGAACCCGUUUCAGAAUCAUGAUACUCCCCCCCCCCCCCCCCCCCCCAGAAUUGUAGGAAUUUUUAAUUUAUUCUGCUUCAAUCAAACCAACUCUACAAUAAUUUCAUCCUGUGUCCUUGAUUGUGUGCUGUGUUUGAAGUGUUUUCGACUAUAUUUACUGCGGCCCACCGUGUGCGGCUCUACGCUAACUGUGUUGCCAAGCUGUUGUGACCGUAGUUGUCUCCCCAUGCCUUGGCAGAUGAAAUUCGCUGGAGCUUGGUUUCGUGCAGCUCAAUGUGAAUAUGUGUGCACCUGCUCUGCAUGUGCUUUUCACUAUAUCAGUAUGCAGGACAGGCUCCUUGCCUGUGCUCCAGUGGCUGGAUUUCAUUUGCCCCGCUGUAUUGUAUACUCUGUGUGAAAACUGACCACGGGUGUGAACAGUCCCACUCCGUUGACCAAAGGUCUGAACUUUUACCUUGUCCCGUGA